CACGCAUGCGUUGAAGGAAAUAUGGCUACCGAAAGAGAUGUUGACGAACUCUUCGAGAUAAAAACAGCAUUAUACACGGGAAACUACCAACACUGCAUUAAUGAAUGUCACAAAUUACGGUUGUCAAACCCCGAGCUGAAAACAGCUAAAGAUGUCAUUAUGUACAGAGCUUAUUUGGCUCAAAGAAAAUAUGGUGUUGUUCUGGAUGAAAUCAAUUCCUCCCACCCACCCGAGCUGCAGGCAGUGAAGAUGUUUGCUGAUUAUUUGUCCAAUGAAAACAAAAGAACCUCCAUUGUGAGAGAUUUAGACCAAAAGAUGAGUGGCAGUGUUGACGUUUCAAACAGCACAUUCCUCGUCAUGGCAGCAUCAAUUUACAACCAUGAACAAAACAGUGAUGCUGCACUAAGAGCCCUACACCAGUCGGAUGCUUUGGAAUGCAUUGCUUUAUCUAUCCAGAUUUUACUUAAACUGGACAGAGUUGAUCUUGCAAGGAAGGAACUAAAGAGAAUGCAGGAGAUAGAUGAGGAUAGCAUUCUCACACAGCUGGCCCAGGCCUGGUUUAACUUGUCUGUGGGAGGAGAGAAGUAUCAGGAUGCCUACUACAUUUUCCAAGAGAUGGCCGAUAAACACAACUCUACCCCUCUCCUGCUGAAUGGCCAGGCAGCCUGUUACAUGGCCCAGGGCAAAUUUGAUGAUGCUGAAUCUGUGCUACAGGAGGCCAUAGAUAAGGACUCCAAUAAUCCAGAGACUCUGGUAAACAUGAUAGUCCUUACACAACAUAUUGGGAAACCACCAGAGGUCAGUAAUAGAUAUGUGUCCCAGCUGAAGGACUCUCAUCGGAAUCAUCCAUUUGUCAGAGACUAUUUACAAAAGGAGAGUGACUUUGAUAGGAUAUCUCGCAACUACACCCCCUCAGUAACAGCCUAAUAGACACAGACAGUGUAUCAUCAUUUUCAUGUCUUUUUAGUAUCUCUUUGAAUGUGGACAUUGUGUACAUUUGUACUGACUCUAAUUUUAUGACUGGGAAGGAUCAAUAUUGUAUAAAUAUUUAUUAAACUUGAAAAAACUUG